AUGGCGGCUGUAGUGUUCAACUCCUUGUCCCUGUUACGUGGUUUACUCGGUUUUCUGAAACCAUACCCAGCAAAGAACAAAUAUGGACUUCCACUGCCUCCAGAAUGCCACAUUGUCCUCUCAGAUGAGGACAUUGGAAACCGUCCAAUCAUGAUUAUCGGAGAUGUACACGGAUGUUAUGAUGAACUUGAAAACUUGAUCAGCAAAGCUCAAAACAUCGUCAACACCUCCGAUAUCUAUUUCAUAUUUGUUGGGGACAUGGUAAAUAAAGGCCCUAAAAAUUUAGAAGUUUUAACUUUAGUCCGGAGUCUCGCUAAGAAAGGAAUAGCUGCUGCUGUAAAAGGUAACCACGAAGAAUCAUUGCUUAGAGAGUAUCGCAGCAUGUGUCAAGAUAAAGACUACAAGCUUUCAUCGAAAUAUCAGUAUUUGAAAGAAUUCUCAACAGAUGAUUUUAACUUUCUUCACAAUUUACCAUACUCAUUGUCUAUUCCUAAGAUAAAUUCUAUAGUUGUUCACGCAGGUCUCGUUCCUGGAGUUCCCUUGAGUCGCCAGUGUCUUAUUGAUUUGUGCCACAUGAGAAAUGUGGUGUACGAUGUUCACUUUUGGGACCCGGUUCUGACAGGAAACAGUAAGGUGGAUGAGGGUGUGGCCUGGGCCUCUAUGUGGAAGGGGCCUCAGCAUGUUUACUAUGGUCAUGAUGCCCGAAGAGGUCUGCAGGAUCUGCCACAUGCUACAGGUCUGGACACCGGAUGUGUCUACGGUUUGAACCUGACAGGAAUCUUAAUCACCUCCACAGGAGAGAGACACUUUGUCAGUGUACCUGCCAAACAGUCAUAUUAUUCAUAA